GAGGAAAUGACGUCACAGAGCUUUGCCUCUCUAGGACGCUGCACUCUCUCUCCAUCACCCUCUGCGCUUUGCUGCAGAGACACAAACUGAAAGCCAUUUGUACUCAUGUAAGGAUAAAAUUAUCUCCUGGCUAAAGAAAGCUGAACCUCUAUAUCCCCACAGCUGCAGCAAGAGAAACAGUCCUUUGAAUGAAACGUUUCUUGGAGAUUCACAUAAGAGUCCUUGGACCCAUUUGGGGUUGCGUUACAGGACAGAAAGAAUGGAGACCCGACCUUUAGCAAGUGAGGGAAUUGGAAAAGGACUUUCAACUGUUCAGCCUGGGCGCUGUGAGGAGACCUGGUUAAGAAGUGGGCAGAAGUUCUUGGAAGAAGACACCAUCAUUCCUUCAGAAGUUCAGUCCUGGAACUUCAGGAGCGUCCGAUAUCAGGCUUCUGAGGAUCCCCGAGGACUUUGCAGCCGACUCCAUGACUUUUGUAAUCGAUGGUUCAAAGCAGAAAAGCACACCAAAGCCCAGAUGCUGGACCUGGUUGUUCUGGAGCAGUUUCUGGCUCUUCUGCCCGUUAAGAUGGAGAACUGGGUGCGAGAGUGUGGAGCAGAGACCAGCUCCCAGGCGGUGGCCCUGGUGGAAGGCCUUCUCCUGAGCCAAGCAGGGGAGCAGAAGGAGCAGUCCUUCACAAUGGACAUCAGAGAUUCAGAGGGAAGCAGGAAUCCAUCAAAUUCUCCUCAGGAGUUGUUUUUGAGGAGCGUUUCUCUGGAAGAUCCGAGUCUGGACACCUUGGGAGGGAAGACUCCAGUGGAGUUGUCUGCUCUGUACGGUGCAGCUGAAACAGUGUUUGAACCUCCAUCUCAAGAGGGUCUGGUGUCCUUCGAGGAGGUGGCUGUGUAUUUCUCCAAGGAGGAGUGGUCUCAGCUGGAUUCUGACCAAAAAGCGCUCCAUUGGGAAGUCAUGCUGGAAAAUUAUAGGAAUGUGGCCUCUCUGGCAGGUGAUGAAUGGGAGAUGAUGGUCCAAGAAGUGGCAGCACCAUUGCCAAAAGGCAGAAUGAAAGAGGCAGAGACAUUUUUUGGAAAGCAAAGUUCUGAGGAAAAACAAUUAAAGGGGGAGCUAGAGAGAUGCUCUACUUUACCACAUGUUGCUGUCAGUGACUUCUCGGGCAAAGAUGAUCGGCCAGAAAAAGAGGGUUGCCCAGAGUGUGGAAAAAUACCCCCAGACGAAUCAGGAUUAUAUGACUGUUGCAGAAGCCACACAAUAGAGAAAAAAAAUGAACGUGGAAAACGUUUCCAAAGGACGUUCUCGGUUACUUUACCUCAGAGAAUACAAGGAGAGAAACCAUUUAAAUGCCUGGAUUGUGGAAAAAGCUUCAGAGACUCAAAUUAUCUUACUUCCCAUAAAAGGAUUCACACAGGAGAAAAACCAUACAAAUGCUGGCAAUGCGGAAAAAGUUAUCGUUUUCCACAAAGCCUCACUUCCCAUUAUAGGAUUCACACAGGUGAGAAACCAUAUGAAUGUCCCAAGUGUGGAAAGGCCUUUAGACUAAGAUGUCAAUAUAUUGUACAUAAUCAAAACCACACUGGAGAGAAACCAUAUAAAUGUACGGAGUGUGGAAAAUGCUUCACUAAUUCAAGUUCCCUCACUUCCCAUAAGAGAAUCCACACCGGAGAAAAACCAUAUAAAUGCCCUGAGUGUGGAAAGAGCUUCGGAGCUUCAAGUUCUCUUACUGCUCACAAAAUGAUCCACACCGGGGAGAAACCCUACAAAUGCAAAAACUGUGCAAAAAGCUUCAGACAAAAAUAUCAAUAUGUUGUACAUAACAGAAUCCACACUGGGGAGAAACCGUAUAAAUGCUCGGAGUGUGGAAGAUGUUUCACUAUGUCAAGUUCCCUCACUUCCCAUCAAAGGAGCCACACUGGGAAAAAUCCAUAUAAAUGCUUGGAGUGCGGAAAAAGCUUCAGAGAUUCAAGUUAUCUUACUUCCCAUAAAAGGAUCCACACAGGAGAAAAACCGUACGAAUGUAAGGAAUGCGGAAAGAGCUUCCGUUUUGCACAAAGCCUCACUUCCCAUAAUAGGAUUCACACAGGCGAGAAACCAUAUGAAUGUCCCAAGUGUGGAAAGACCUUCAGUCAAAAAUAUCAGUAUACUGUACAUAACCGAAACCAUACUGGAGAGAAACCAUAUAAGUGUAUGGAGUGUGGAAAACGCUUCACUAAUUCAAGUUGCCUCACUUCCCAUAAAAGAAUCCACACAGGGGAAAAACCAUAUAAAUGCCCGGAGUGUGGAAAGUGCUUCAGAGCUUCAAGUUCUCUUACUGCUCACAAAAUGAUCCACACCGGGGAGAAACCUUACAAAUGCAAGAACUGUGCAAAAAGCUUCAGACAAAAAUGUCAAUAUAUUGUACAUAACAGAAUUCACACCGGGGAAAAACCGUAUAAAUGCUUGGAAUGCGGAAAAAGUUUCCGUUCAGCAAAACAUCUCCCUUCCCAUAAAAGGAUCCACACUGGUGAGAAACCAUAUUCAUGCAAGGAAUGUGGGAAGAGCUUCAGUGAAAAACAUCAUUUUACUGAACAUAACAGAAUCCACACUGGGGAGAAACCGUAUAAAUGCUUGGAGUGUGGAAGAUGUUUCACUGUGUCAAGUUCCCUCACUUCCCAUCAAAGGAUCCACACUGGGAAAAAAUCAUACAUCUGCCUCGUGUGUGGAAAGGGGUUUACUCAACAUCAGUCCCUUUAUGAGCACAGAAAAAUUCACUUGAGGGGAACGCAUAAAAAGAAACAGAGUAGAACCUGGCGAAUAUCUGUAGCUCAGAGCACAGGACAGGAAUCCGGACAAUAUUCCAGAGUUACAAUGUCCAAGAUCAAAGGUUUUCUUCCUUAUAUCCCCAAGUCCUUGGACCCAUCUGGCCUUGCGUUACAGGACAGAGAAAGAAUGGAGACCCAAUCUUUAGCAAGUGAGGGAAUUGGAAAAGGACUUUCAACUGUUCAGCCUAGGUGCUGUGAGGAGAUCUGGGCAAGAACUGGGCAGAAGAUCCUGGAAGAAGACACCAUCAUCCCUUCAGAAGUUCAAUCCUGGAACUUCAGAAGCAUCCGAUAUCAGGCUUCUGAGGAUCCCCGAGGACUUUGCAGCCAACUCCAUGACUUUUGUAAUCGAUGGUUCAAAGCAGAAAAGCACACCAAAGCCCAGAUGCUGGACCUGGUUGUUCUGGAGCAGUUUCUGGCCCUUCUGCCCAUUAAGAUGGAGAACUGGGUGCGGGAGUGUGGAGCAGAAACCAGCUCCCAGGCGGUGGCCCUGGUGGAAGGCCUUCUCCUGAGCCAAGCAGGGGAGCAGAAGGAGCAGCUCUUCACAAUGGACAUCAGAGAUCCUGAGGGAAGCAGGAAUCCAUCAAAUUCUCAGGAGUUUUUGAGGAGCAUUUCUCUGGAAGAUCCAGGUCUGGACACCUUGGGAGGGAAGACUACAGUGGAGUUGUCUGCUCUGUAUGGUGAAGCUGAAACAGUGCUCGGACCUCCAACUCAUGAGGGUCUUGUGUCCUUCGAGGAGGUGGCUGUGUAUUUCUCCAAGGAGGAGUGGUCUCAGCUGGAUUCUGACCAAAAAGCACUCCAUUGGGAAGUCAUGCUGGAAAAUUAUAGGAAUGUGGCCUCUCUGGCAGGUGAUGAAUGGGAGAUGAUGGGUUCUGGCCAAGAAGUGACAGCACCAUUGCCAAAAGGCAGAAUGAAACAUGCAGAGACAUUUUUUAGAAAGCAACGUUCUGAGGAAAAGCAAUUAAAAGGGGAGCUAGAGAAAUGCUCUACUUUACCACAUGUAAUUGUCAGUGACUUCUCAGGUAAAGGUGAUCGGCCAGAAAAAGAGGCUUGGCCACAAUAUGGAAAAAUACCCGCAGAUGAAUCAGAAAUAUACGACUGUUCCAGAAGCCACAUGGUAGAGAAACAAAACAAAUGUGGAAAACGUUUCCAAAGGACGUUCUCGGUUACUUUGCAUCAGAGAAUGCAAGGAGAGAAACCAUAUAAAUGCUUGGAGUGCGGAAAAAGCUGCAGAGACUCAAGUUAUCUUACUUCUCAUAAAAGGAUCCACACGGGAGAAAAACUGUACAAAUGCAAGCAAUGCGGAAAGAGCUUCCGUUUUCGACGAAACCUCAUUUACCACAAUAGGAUUCACACUGGAGAGAAACCAUAUAAAUGCCCAGAGUGUGGAAAGGGCUUCAGAGCUUCAAAUUCUCUUGCUGCUCACAAAAUGACCCACACUGGGGAGAAACCCUACAAAUGCAAGAUCUGUGCAAAAAGCUUCAGACGAAAACAUCAAUAUAUUGUACAUAACAGAAUCCACACUGGGGAGAAACCGUAUAAAUGCUUGGAGUGUGGAAGAUGUUUCACUGCGUCAAGUUCCCUCACUUCCCAUAAAAGAAUCCACACCGGAGAAAAACCAUAUAAAUGUCCGGAGUGUGGAAAGAGCUUCAGAGCUUUAAGUUCUCUUACUGCUCACAAAAUGAUCCACACUGGGGAGAAACCCUAUAAAUGCAAGAACUGUGCAAAAAGCUUCAGACUAAAAUAUCAAUAUACUGUACAUAACAGAAUCCACACUGGGGAGAAACCAUAUAAAUGCUCGGAGUGUGGAAGAUGUUUCACUACGUCACGUUCCCUCACUUACCAUAAUAGGAUUCACACAGGCGAGAAACCAUAUAAAUUCCUGGAGUGUGGAAAGAGCUUCACAGUUUCAAGUUCUCUAACCACUCACAAAAUGAUCCACACUGGGGAGAAACCCUACAAAUGCAAGAACUGUGCAAAAAGCUUCAGACAAAAACAUCAAUAUAUUGUACAUAACAGAAUCCACACUGGGGAGAAACCGUAUAAAUGUAGAAAGUGUGGAAGACGUUUCACUGUGUCAAGGUCCCUCAUUUCCCAUCAAAGGAUCCACACUGGGAAAAAUCGUAGAUUUGUCUGGUGGAAAGGGGUUUACUCAACAUCAGUCCCUUUAUGAGCACAGAAAAAUUCACUUGUGGGAAAUGCAUAAAAAGCAGUAGAACUGUAUAAACAAAUUGUCAGAAAUUUGGGACUCUUGAGCUAUUUAUUACUGUGGAGAAAGUAAAUGUUAGAGAAUGAAGGGAAGAUAAGAAGGAACGAUGAUUGUGAAGAGAGUGGAGAAAAAUAACUGCAAUUAUUGAGUAAUGUCGAACAUUUGUCCAUACAGAGCCCCGAAUAUAAUUUUUCUUGGAAGACCCACUUAGGAACCCUUUGUUUUUUGCAUCUCUCAAUUUAUUGGCCACUAGAAACACCUAACAUAGUUACAUAACAAUGACUCUGGCCCUUGACUUUGCUCCUUUUGCUGCUUAAUUUACAUCUCCAUCAUUGAACAUUAAUUACAAGGGGUGUCAACACUUUCAGUUCUGCAAUAAUGGCGAAUAUCUGUAGCUCGGGUAUAGGAUGAGGGUGAAGGUUGGUUCUCUGAGCUUGUGGGCUGGUUUUUGAAUAUUUCGUUACCAGGCCAGGUAACAUUUUCAGCGGAGUUUAGGGGAUGUCAGAGUUAAGAGUUUAUAACAGCUUCAGGUGUAGGUGUGUCAAGAGAGGGUCAGAGAAGAGCAACUAAGGUGAUCAAAGACUUGGAGACUACAACAUAUGAAGAACGGGUUCAGGACUUGGGUUUUGGUAGUCUAAAGAAAAGAACUAGGGGUGACAUGAUAACAGUA